AUGCUGACUGAAGUGACAGAGCCGGUUAACACCGCAUUCGACAAUACUGGCUACGGUUCGCUCCGAGUGCCAGGGUUCGCAGACAUCCCGGUCCACUAUGAACUCCCUUCCAACGCCCGUUUUGCGCACGGAACGGUGGAAUGGCGACAGGCCCCCGCAGUCACGGCCCGCGAGCUAACCAUGGUCGCCGUGAUGAGCCACCUCACCGAUCGGCCUGCGUGGUAUGUGACUAUCUUCGACGAUGAAGUUGUAGCGCAAUGGAAACAAAAUACCUUUGAUACAACACCACUGAUGAGCGAAAAGGCGUGGGGAUGGUGCGUAAAGGAGCUGCGCGAUAAAGCGGUUAAUCUCCGGGACAAUCGCCAGAUCCAUAUCCGCGUUCUUGAUACUGGAUCUGUUCAGAGGUCUGAAAGCGUGUUGAAUGUGGUUGACCCGUUGUUAUUUGAUUUAUGGACGAAGCCUAGUCUUGACGGACGGAGGGAAAGUGGACCUCGACAAAGUGCUGGGCUCCUAUCGAGAUGCAACGGUCGCACCAAAGCAUACGACCGACGGACCAAUUCUCAGACCAUGCAGGAGACACUAGACCGAAAUUGCAUUCCAGCGUGGGGUGUUAGACCCCCCUAUGGUGACAAGUCUGCUUUCUACCAUUGGAGUUCCAACCACCAAUCCCUUCCAUGCGAGGUGGAAUUUCUCCACAAUUUCGGGACGGAGGUGCAGAUCACAUCAUACAUCAACAACUUAAAUCCAGCUCAUAAGGGGCUAUACCAGGCCAUUGAAAACCUCAUCUCGAUGGCAAUCAAGCCGGGGAAUGAUUGUCUGGUGAAAGAACAGAGUGGCUGGGAUAAUGAAUACAAUGUGGCACAUUCAGGGCCGGUUCCCCUACGAAUCAUUACCUACGGGGUCGAAUGGGAGAUUGAGCUUCCUGAAUGGGCGCUCGCGUUCAAAAUACCCACCAAAGACAGAAAAUAA